AGUGGAAAACCUCUAGUGAAUUUUCCCGCAAUAGAAGCCCGUAAAAUUAGACCUUGAGAGGCAUUUGAGGUAAGGUAGUCUAUAAACUUCAGAUAUCUCUGCAGGCUUUUGAGUGUACCAUGCUCUUUUCCUGGAGAGGAGGCCCAGGAGCUCGGCUUUUGCUACUCUCGCUUCUGCUCCUCGCAGCCUGGGAGGCCGGGAGCGGCCAGAUCCACUACUCGGUUCCGGAGGAGGCCAAACACGGCACCUUCGUGGGCCGCAUCGCCCAGGACCUGGGGCUGGAGCUGGCGGAGCUGGUGCCGCGCCUGUUCCGGGUGGCGUCCAAAGGCCGCGGGGACCUUCUGGAGGUAAAUCUGCAGAAUGGCAUUUUGUUUGUGAAUUCGCGGAUCGACCGGGAGGAGCUGUGCGGGCGGAGCGCCGAGUGCAGCAUCCACCUGGAGGUGAUCGUGGACCGGCCGCUGCAGGUGUUCCAUGUGGAGGUGGAAGUUACAGAUAUUAACGACAACCCGCCUGUGUUCCCUGAAAGUGAAAAAAGAAUAAUCAUUGCUGAAUCUAGACCUCCGGAAACUCGGUUCCCACUAGAUGGCGCAUCUGAUGCAGAUAUUGGAGUAAACUCCGCCUUGACCUACCGAGUCUAUCCCAACGAUUAUUUCACUUUGGACACACAAAACAACCGUGAACAAACGUCUUCGUUAUCACUUGUGUUAAGGAAAUCAUUGGACAGAGAGGAAAUUCAGGAACAUAGUUUAUUAUUGACAGCUAGUGAUGGAGGCAAACCCGAGCUGACCGGCACAGUUCAGCUGCUGAUUACAAUCCUGGAUGUGAAUGAUAACGCCCCAGAAUUUGACCACUUAAUUUAUAAAGUGAGAAUGUUAGAGAAUGCAUUUAAUGGAACAUUAGUGAUCAAACUAAAUGCCACAGACCCUGAUGAUGGUAUAAAUGCAGACAUAAUUUACUCAUUUAGAAGACCUGUAUCGCCUGCAGUAUUAUAUGCGUUUUCCAUAAAUCCCGGCAGCGGAGAAAUUCGGACAAAAGGUAAAUUGGAUUUCGAAGAAAAGAAAUUGUAUGAAAUAUCCGUGGAAGCAACUGACAAGGGGAAUAUUCCAAUGGCGGGUCAUUGUACCAUUUUGGUGGAAAUAGUAGACAUAAAUGAUAACGCCCCAGAAGUUACCGUCACUUCUUUGGCUCUUCCGGUGCAAGAGGACGCUCAGGUGGGCACUGUCAUCGCCUUGAUCAGCGUGUCCGACCGUGACUCCGGCGCCAACGGGCAGGUGACCUGCUCACUAACACCCCAGGUCCCCUUCAAGCUGGUGUCCACCUUCAAGAAUUACUAUUCACUAGUGCUUGACAGCGUCCUGGACCGAGAGAGUGUGGCGAACUAUGAGGUGGUGGUGACAGCGCGGGACCGGGGCUCGCCUUCGCUGUCGGCCACAGCCAGCGUGUCCGUGGAGGUGGCCGACGUGAACGACAACGCGCCCGCGUUCGCACAGCCCGAGUACACGGUGUUGGUGAAGGAGAACAACCCGCCCGGCUGCCACAUCUUCACGGUGUCGGCGCGGGACGCGGACGCGCAGGAGAACGCGCUGGUGUCCUACUCGCUGGUGGAGCGGCGGGUGGGCGAGCGAGCGCUGUCGAGCUACGUGUCGGUGCACGCGGAGAGCGGCAAGGUGUACGCGCUGCAGCCGCUGGACCACGAGGAGCUGGAGCUGCUGCAGUUCCAGGUGAGCGCGCGCGACGCGGGCGUGCCGCCUCUGGGCAGCAACGUGACGCUGCAGGUGUUCGUGCUGGACGAGAACGACAACGCGCCCGCGCUGCUGCCGCCCGGGCCGGGCGGAGGGGCGAGCGCCCUGAGCCAGCUGGUGGCGCGGUCGGUGGGCGCGGGCCACGUGGUGGCGAAAGUGCGCGCAGUGGACGCGGACUCGGGCUACAACGCGUGGCUGUCGUACGAGCUGCAGCCGGCGGCGGGUGGCGCGCGCAGCCCGUUCCGCGUGGGGCUGUACACGGGCGAGAUCAGCACGACGCGCGCCCUGGACGAGGCGGACGCGCCGCGCCAGCGCCUGCUGGUGCUGGUGAAGGACCACGGCGAGCCGGCUCUGACGGCCACGGCCACCGUGCUGCUGUCGCUGGAGGACAGCGGCCAGGCGCCCAAGGCCUCUUCGCGGGCGUCGACGGGCGCCGCUGGCGCGAAGGCCGCUCUGGUGGAUGUGAACGUGUACUUGAUCAUCGCCAUCUGCGCGGUGUCCAGCCUGUUGGUGCUCACGCUGCUGCUGUACACGGCGCUGCGGUGCUCGGCGCCGCCCAGCGAGGGCGCGUGCGGGCCCGGGAAGCCCACGCUGGUGUGCUCCAGCGCGGUGGGGAGCUGGUCUUACUCGCAGCAGAGGCGGCAGAGGGUGUGCUCUGGGGAGGGGCCGCCCAAGACAGACCUCAUGGCCUUCAGCCCCAGCCUUCCUCCUUGUCUGAGUUCUGCAGAGGUAACAGGUGAAAGAGAACCGGAUUCAGAACAGUUGAAAGAGCCCCGACAUCCCAACCCUGACUGGCGUUACUCUGCCUCCCUGAGAGCAGGAAUGCACAGCUCUGUGCACCUGGAAGAGGCUGGCAUUCUACGAGCUGGUCCAGGAGGGCCUGAUCAGCAGUGGCCAACAGUAUCCAGUGCGACACCAGAACCAGAGGCAGGAGAGGUGUCCCCUCCAGUCGGUGCUGGUGUCAACAGCAACAGCUGGACCUUUAAAUACGGACCAGGCAACCCCAAACAAUCUGGUCCCGGUGAGUUGCCAGACAAAUUCAUUAUCCCAGGAUCUCCUGCAAUCAUCUCCAUCCGGCAGGAGCCUACUAACAGCCAAAUUGACAAAAGUGACUUCAUAACCUUCGGCAAAAAGGAGGAGACCAAGAAAAAGAAGAAAAAGAAGAAGGGUAACAAGACCCAGGAGAAAAAAGAGAAAGGGAACAGCACGACUGACAACAGUGACCAGUGAGGUCAUCUAAUGGAAACAAGCCACUUAGCCAGUUUUUGUAAUGAUGGCAAAAUCUCUCCCAUGUAGCAACUCCCUACUCCUUUUUCCUAUCCACAUGAGCCCUUUCUUAUAGACCUCAGAAAUCUGCAGAAAGUUCCCUAUGUCUGUCUAGAUCACAUUUAACAAGUUUUGUCUUAAAAGCUUUACUAAGUCUGGUGUUAACUCUCUCUCUCCACUCUGGCUUGUUUUCAGAACCUAAAAAGCAGACCCAAGUCUCCUUUCUCCUCCGCCACAAAGGAGAGGCUUCCCAGCCCCGCCAGUGAGAGGUUGGACUCUCUGCCCUGUGCUCCGGGGAUCCUGUCUUGAUGACACUUUCAGGGCAGGCUGAAAGGUUUUGAGAUUGAGCAGCUUGAGUGUCUGUGGCCACUGGGUAUGUGUGGCCACCGGGUAAUAUGUUGGCUGGGAUGGGCCAGAUUAGACUAGGAGGGCUGGGAAACAAAGGCAAAUCAACAGUGGGAAAUGUGAAACGAAAAGGUACCAGACUUUCUAAAUCUUACAACUGAAGAGGCGGUGGCCACCCUCUAGCAGACAAAACUCCCCCCAUUGACAAGGCUUUAGGAAUCCCUAAGUCUCUUGGCUGUGGUGUCAUUAUACCUAAAACCUGCAUUUAACCUACAAGCCAAUAGUUCAGUGUUUAACAGGGGGCCAACCAGGGCAACAGAAGCAGAUCUGAUGUGUUUCCUGUAUAUGUCCUUGUGCUCACUUUAUUAAAAAUUCUUUUGCACACAAUGUUAUGAAAAGGUCAGAUUCUUUUCCGACAACACAUAUGCAAAAGCAAAAGAAAACCCCAGCACCUCACUUUAUGCUGUUUGUUGAUAGAUUUAUUUAAAAAAGAGAAAAUCUAUAACUAUAAAUCUUUAAAGAGAAAUAUGAUGAAUUCAAUUCCCCUAAACUAUCCUCGAAAGAGAAUUCAGUCUACAGCCAUUUAAAUGAUCAUUGCUGCUACAGAAGUGCUUUAAGAGAAUUGCCUGAAACAUCUGUAUUAUACCGGCCACCUGCCAACCACAGCUUUACUCUUUCAGGUCACUCUGGGGCUGCCUCUUGCAUGUAUUAAUUAGUAAAUAAAAGGCUCUUUCUCUCUCUGUUUUCUAAGAAACAAUUAUGUGCACUUUGAAUACACAACCUUCUCUAACGAACUAUAUCAAGACCCAGAAAUUGAAGAAAAAUGUUGUUUUCUCAUACAUACAGUGAGCAGACUUUCCAGUCCUCUAAUUCUGUGAUUUGUCUUGGUGUGAUCGCCAACACCUUCUCUUUGGUUUAGUUUUCCUUUUCUAUAACACUCUGAAUUGCUAAUCUUGCUAACACCUAUGAUGUUACCUGAGCUCAAUCUCCCAUAUGUAUGCUGUAUGCUAUUAUAAGACUCCUGAUAUAUAUUUACUCUGUGCUUGUGUAUGUGAAUGUUACUGCAACUAUUACCUAGAGUGAACUUUAAGCUUUAUUGUUGAAUGUAAUUCCAUUAUAUUUCCUUUUGUACACCUGUGAAAAAGUGCAGUAGAGUUUUUUUAACCAUUGUUAAUCAACUUUUGUGUAUGAAAGACACAGUAAAAUUUCUUUCUUAAAUCAA